AUGUGGCAAGGCCAUAUUAAUUAUUGGUUUAUUAUGCUCACUCCCCCCCCCCCUCCGUGAGCGAACAAAAAAAUUUUGUUCGCUCACGGAGGGGGGUUAAUUUUUUUUUUUUAAAAAAAAAUUUAUAUAUAAAUUUUAUAAAAAAUAUUUUUUUCGAAAUUUAAAAAAAUCCUAAUUUGCAAAAAUUGGGAAGCAAAUAUUAAUUUAAUUUGCAAAAUUUAUGUUUUAAAACGCAAUUUGUUUAAAAUUAAACAGAAUUAGCUCUAGAUUUCAUUAUACUAAUUAUCACUUAUAUAUCAAAAUUUUUUUCCAUUAAAAUUUUUUCUAUUAAAAAAAUUUUUGUUCACUCACGGAGGGUGGGUUUUUGGUCAAAAAAUGGCGAUUUUUCUAAUGGUUUUGUUCGCUCACGGAGGGGGGGGGGGAGAGUCAGUUCUAAAUUCUGUCGAGCCAUCACAAGACAUAAUUUUGUUUCAAAAAUCUGGGCUACCCGUGUUAGAAAUUUUUCUGAAUCAAAUAAGCCUCAAAGGAUUGUGGCUUGCAAAGAAAGUGAGGUUACAGAUGGAAUGAUGAGAGCUGUACAGGUUGGGCCAAAUCCGGACAAUGUCAUUCUGCUUGCUGAGGUUAACUCAGGGCUGUAUGCAGUUGGAGGAAAAUGCUCACAUUAUGGAGCACCGCUUCAUAUGGGUUUUAUGAAUGGGUAUAAUGUUAUGUGUCCUUGGCAUGCUGCCGAGUUUGAUGUGAGGAAUGGAGAAAUGACAACAUCGCCUGGGAUCAAAUCAAUACCCAAAUACAAGGUCGGAGUCGUCAAUAAAGAAGUUGUCAUUGAAGUUCCUAAUGAUAAAAAAGACAAUGUCGCUCAAUAUAUCAACAACCGCAGAAUGGUGAAACGAGACCCGAACAAUGAAACCCAUUUUGUUAUUGUAGGUGGAGGCACUGCAGGACAUAUGGCAGCUGAAACUUUAAGAAUUGAAGGUUUUACAGGAAAAAUCACGAUUUUAAGCAAAGAAAACCAUUUGGCUUAUGAUAGAGUUUUGCUCUCCAAAAAUUUUGAUGCCAGUGUUGACGAUAUUUUGCUGAGAAAACAAGACUUUUAUGAUGAAUUUGGCAUAGAAUUCCGAAAACAAGCUGAAGUAAAAAUGAUUGUCCCAGAUCAAAAACAAGUGGUUUUGGAAAAUGGCGAACAAAUUCCAUAUGAUAAACUUCUAUUAGCCUCUGGGUCUGUAGCAAGAGUUCCCCCACAAGUCCAAGAUGCUGUGGCAAACAUAAAGAAUGUGGUGACUAUCAGAAACGCUGAAGACCAUAAGAAAAUCAAAGAAAGCUUGCCAACCGCUAAAGAUAUUGUAAUUAUAGGCGGCUCUUUCCUUGGCCUUGAAGCUGCAACUUCUUUAAGAAGAAAACUCCCAGAUGCUAAUAUCACCAUUGUGGAAUUCGAUCCAAAGCCUUUGGAAAGGAUUUUUGCUCAUGAUAUUGCGAAUUUAUUGAUCCAGACCCAAAUUUCUAACUCCCCCUUCCUGAGUGAACAAAAUAAUUUUGUUCACUCACGGAGAGGGGUUAAUUUUUUUUUUUUAAAAAAAUUUAUAUAUAAAUUUUUUAUAAUUUUUUUUUUCGAAAUUUAAAAAAAUCUCACUUCUAUAAAAAUUAGAAAGUAAAUAUUAAUUUAAUUUAUAAAAUUUAUGUUUUAAAAACGCAAUUUGUUUUAAAUUAAACAAAUUUAAUUCGAGAUUUCAUUAUAAUAAUUAUCACUUAUAUAUCAAAUUUUUUUUUACUCACAGAGAGUGAGUUUUUGGGCAAAAAAUGGCGAUUUUUCUAAUGGCUUUGUUCACCCACGGAGGGGGGGGAGUAAAGGAAAUCGUGUAAUUGUAGGAGUGUCUGCAAAAUCAAUAAACCAAGAGAAUGGAAAAGUCAAAAGUGUAACAAUCCCAACUCAGACUGGGGAAGAAGAAAUCAAAGCAGAUCUAGUGCUUGUUGCAACUGGCGCUCAGAUAGUAACAGACUAUAUCCCUCCAUCCUUAUUAAACCCUAAAGACAAAUCAGUAAGAGUCAAUGAGCUUCUCCAAACCAGUGACCCUAAUAUUUAUGCUUGUGGAGAUAUUGCUUCAUUCCAUAGCGAAUUAACAAAUUCUUACGAAAGAAUUGAACAUUGGCAGGUUGCCCAAACCCAAGGAAUGAGAGCUGCUUCAAAUAUGGCUGGGAAGAGACAUGAAUACGACGAUUUGCCUUUCUUUUGGAGUAAUCAGUGGCUUAAUGUACAGUUUGUAGGCUUUGGAGCAGGGAAAGACUGGAGCUUUACUGAGACUAAAAAUGACCCAGACUUAUUUAAAGUUGGGAAAAUCACUUAUUACUUUAAAGGAGACAAUUGUAUUGGAGCUGCAGUUUGCAACUGGCCUGGGGCGAUUUUGAGGCUUAGAAUUGCCCUUGCUAAAGGCUUUAUGCCUUCAAAAAAUGACUUUAUUAAAGGAGAAGCAAAUUUCAACACCAUUUCAGAAAAAGCUAAAGAAAAUGCUUGCAGCCAUUGUGCUGACUAUAUAGGCAAUGAUAAUGAUGCUUGAACAAUACUUUAA